AUGACGUCGUUUUGCUCGGCCACAUCUCUAAUCUCUCCCCCUAUAAUCUCUAAAUCAUCCGCACCGUCCGUAUCUUCGUCUUGUUCCUCUCCAGUUUUGUCUUUUCCGGCUCGCCGGCCGGCGAAUUGCGCCGGAAGAGGGAGGGUUAAUGUGCGUCGGCCGGCGGCGAUGAUUCGUAUGGGCGAGGAAGAGAAAUUGACGCGCCGCAAUCCUCUUGAUUUCCCAAUUGAAUGGGAGAGACCAAAGCCUGGGCGUAGGCCUGAUAUAUUCCCUCAGUUUAGCCCAAUGAAAACACCCCUGCCGCCUCCAAUGCCAUAUGAUCCUCCUGAAGAAGACGAGGAAGAAGAAGAAAAGAAAGAAGAAGAAGAAGAUCCAGAGAAAGAGGAAGGAGAAAAUCCGGAAAACUAUGGUCUGUAA